UAUAAAAUGGCAUCAGCGAGUAACUGGCUUUCGUUUUCACUGUCUCCAAUGGAGAUGUUGAGGUCAUCAUCUGAGCCUCAGUUUCUGUCAUCUGAAGAAUCUUCUGCUGCUUCUCCCCAUUAUCUGAUCGAUAACUUCUAUGCUAAUGGCUGGACAAAUCCAAAAAAUCAAAUGUUUUUUGAAGAAGAGAACCAAAACGACGGAGCUCAAACGGCGGCAUCAAUGGCGGAUGAAUUUCCUAUUUUCACAAACUUCCUUUACCGAGCACCGAAGCUUGAAGACUUCCUUGACGAUUCUUCAUCGAUCAUUAGAUUUUCUGAUAGUCAAACUGAAACCCAGAGCUCGUCUUUAACCCAAAUAUACGAGCAUCAAGAUCUUAAAAAAAUUACUGGGUUUCAAGCGUUCUCGACGAACUCGGGGUCGGAAGUUGAUGGCUCGUCACCAAUGGGCGGGAUUCACUUGACUCGCGUUGAGUUACCUGGUCACUCGACUGAGUCAUGCGGUGACAACAGUAAAAAUAAUGAUAAGGCCAUUGUUAAGUUUGACUCAGAUAGCUCAAAGAAGGUUUCCGAUACAUUUGGUCAACGAACUUCGAUUUACAGAGGUGUCACCAGACACAGAUGGACGGGUAGAUAUGAAGCUCACCUAUGGGAUAAUAGCUGCCGGAGAGAAGGUCAAGCCAGAAAAGGCCGUCAAGUAUACUUGGGUGGUUAUGAUAAGGAAGAAAAGGCCGCUCGAGCCUACGAUUUAGCCGCCCUGAAAUACUGGGGUUCGACGGCUACGAUCAACUUCCCGAUUUCGAAUUAUUCGAAAGAGUUGGAAGAGAUGAAGCAUGUGACCAAGCAAGAGUUUAUCGCAUCCAUAAGGAGGAAGAGUAGCGGAUUUUCGAGGGGUGCAUCGAUUUACCGAGGUGUCACAAGGCAUCAUCAACAAGGCCGAUGGCAAGCCAGGAUAGGCCGGGUUGCCGGAAACAAGGACUUAUACCUUGGGACUUUUGCUACUGAGGAGGAGGCAGCUGAGGCGUACGAUAUCGCGGCAAUCAAGUUCCGAGGCGUGAAUGCGGUGACCAACUUUGAGAUGAGCCGGUAUGAUGUCGAAGCCAUUGCCAAGAGUUCUCUUCCCAUUGGUGGGGCAGCUAAGCGCCCAAAGCAUUCCCCUGAACUGGAACAAAAACCAAUAGUAAACCGCGAGCAACAACAAUCCCGGUGCAGCUCCAACGGUCACGGUGUAAGUUUCACUCCCAUACAGCAGGUUUCUGACGUUCCUUGUGGAAUAACUUACGACUCUGCAGCAGCAACAGCAACAUUUUACCAACAGAAUCUGUACCAUCAACUUGAGACCACCAGAGUUGGCAUCUCUGAACCCCUCAGUUUGUCGUCAACAAUGGCAACACCUACGACGGUCACGUCGCAUCCGGCAGCUGAGUUCUUCUUAUGGCCUCACCGGUCUUAUUAAAAAAUGAGCCGAGCAGUUUUAACAGCA